AAUUGUUGUAUGUCCAUGGUGUAACGUUAUCAGCCUUCGUUUUCGUAAAUAAUGUAGACUAGUACACGAUUUCUGCUUUGACUAAAAACUUACGUGAGCGAAAGCAUGUCAAUAUUUAGAAGCCGAAACUCGAACAAAAUUUUUCGUGCAAGAAAGAAACUUGAUGAUACUUUCCCGAAUGAUCUUCAAGAUUUACCAGAAAUUGUAGAAAAUAUCAUUUGGCACCUCGAUGGUAGAAGUAUUUUGAGAGCAAAACAGGUAUCUCAUAGUUGGAAAGAAAUAGUUGAACGCCUUGAGCAAUAUUAUCAGUUAUGGCGACAUUUAUGUUUACGCGACAUCCACAGGGCCUCUCUGAUAGACAUUAUAGGCUUCAACCCCUUGUCGGACGAUUAUCAGCAAAAGGAUUAUGUUAAUGAUGAUGCAGACUUUGAGGAUUUGUGGAAGAACGUCUACAGGACCUGGAGGACAAGCCAAACCUUAAGUCCUUAUAAACAGAUAUCCUACAAACUCACAGGCGUCGAGUAUCUGAAUCCACUGAUACAAGUUUUACAAAUUGGAACGUAUGUGUAUAUUCUAAGACGACAUGACACCAUGUUAUCUGUAUGGAAUAUCGAUACCGGUCACCGAGUCGUAUAUUCCCAAGAACUAAAAGGCAUAACAUAUCCCUGUAGACCAUCGCCGAUGUUUUCAUACUUGCAGAAUCCACUCUGCAAGUUUUCCAAGCAUCAAGAAUUGACGCAGCAUUCACUCAUACUACCGACCAAUGACUAUUCUGUCCAGUGGUGGGUAUUUUCUGAUGAAGAGUUUCGUGUGGCAACAGUAUUAAAUCUUGGAUAUAAACAUGUUAUGGGAGUCUGGCACAACCUGUUAGUAAUCGCAAGUGCAGAUUGUAUUAAAGUUUAUAUUCUUGAAAGAAAGGAGAAUGAAUACAACUUUCGUUUAAGAAAUAUGACUAAAGAGCUAACAAAGGAUUUGCUUAUUAGUCGUAGUUCAGUCAUUGUUUGGGACAGAAAAUGUGUGUUUCCCUUAAGGUACUCCAACCAGUUAUCGAUUGUGAUUUAUGAUUUGGAUGACCUUCAACCUCAAGUGUUUCAAGUGUCACAUGGACCAUCAAAAACAACUAAUCAAAAACACAUGACUGAUAUACGUAUAUUUGGUGAUUGCAUUUUAUUCACAAUUGACGAAG